UAAGUAAAGAUAAUGAAGCUGUAACCCUCAGAUACAAAUUCUGUGUCGAUAUCAAUCGUGGAUGGAAUGAGGUCCAUAACGACACUCAAUCAUAAGGUUGUGAUAGGACGAUCGGCUGCCCCAUUUGGCGGACCCCCGCGCAUGCUCAGACCGGGCUAGGGGUAAUAUCAUCAAGGUAAUUCCUAUGUAAAGGUGCCAGUAUUAUGUGAGAAACCGCGAGGGCAGCGUCGCCGGCUUUCCGGCCGACGUAAGAAUGAACUCUUCAAUACAAAAGACAUUCUAAAUAUCAAUCUAAAUGUCCUUGCGUCAAUUGUUGUUUAGUGUUUGUAGUAACCGUUGUUGUUAGUUAGUACUUUAGCUGUUAGUACACCGCCGCAGAAUGCCGGACUGGUCAUGGCUACUGCUGGCCGCGCUGCUCGGGGCUCUAGCAGCGCUGGUCGUGCCGCUGGCGCUGCUGGCGCACUACUUGCACCCGUACGAGAAGAGGAAGCGAGAGGAGUACCCGGCCGUCCCUGUCACUCUGCCCGCGGACAUCCUCAACGAGUUAACUAAAGGCGCCGGCUGCACACCAGAGGGCGCAUUAAACGCCAUGCUGCAGUUCAUCUUCCAGCAGAGCACGGCGGAUACGCGCUGGCUGCGCCGGCGCAUGGCGACCGAGCUGGCCGAACUGCUCGCCAAGACCUCGUCCGGGAAGAUCUUUGAGAGUUUGACGCUGCGCUCACUAGAAGUGGGCUCCGAGUUCCCCAGCAUCACGAACCUGCGCGUAGUCACAGGGGAGUUGGAAGAGGACAACGCGAGGCUACGGUCCUUGGACCUGAAGUUCGACCUGGCGUAUGACGGCAACUUCAGGAUCGAUGUGGAUGCGGUGAUGCUGCUGGGGAAGAUAGCGAAUAUUUCUAUUACUGUGGAGAGUCUAAGCGGCAACGUCCGAGUCAUGUUCCGCCGUCUCCCCUACACGCACUGGGCGCUUGCGUUCGAGACGCCGCCGCGGCUGCAGCUGCAGGUCCGAGGCAGGUUCCAGGGCCGGCAGCUCAAGCCGCGCCUCGCCGCGCUGGUCGCCGCGCACAUACGCCGCGCCGUCGCGCAGCGGCACACGCUGCCGCAUUAUAAGAUACGAUACAAACCCUUCUUCCCGAAGUCCGAGCCGGGCAGCACGGACGCGGACGACGGGCCGGCGCCUCAAGGGCGGCUCACCGUGCGGCUGAUUGAAGUGACGAGGCUUCAAGUUGGAGCCCCGCACGGGACUGUGCGGGCGGCGCUGGCUGUGGAUUCACAUGGAUGGGUAUCCCUCCGGCGCGGCGUGCUAGUCCUAGACGUGACCAUGCCGCCGGUCGCCGGGUCGUUAGGCCUGGUGUGCUGCCAGGCGGUGGGCGGCGUGCUGGUGGACACCGUGGUGCCGAUGUCCCCCGCCUACAGGGCCGACCUGAGGAGAGGGGACCAGGUGCUGGCCGUGGACCAUAAGACUGUUACGCAUGUUGCUCAGGUGGGAAAGCUACUCCGAGCGAUCGAGCGCCGCGCCGUGACCGUCCGCGUGCGGCGCGGCGGCGCCACCACACAGCCCCGAAGAGAAGAGGUCAUUGAGCCCAAGAAGCUGCGGUCCAACUUCUCGUUCCGGAGGGUCAGCGAGGUGAUGGAGGGCGUGCGGCUGCAGGGGAUGAGGGCUGCGGGGUCUAAGGGAAGCCUACAGGAAUCCGACUCCUCCCCUUCAAGAUCCGUCGAGCCGCAGCCGGAUGCAGACCAAGCCAAACCCAAAACCGAAACCAUCCGCCCCGCGAACAAACCAGAACCGGGACCAGGGAACUUUGGCCUCCGGAAACGAAGGUGCUCUGUCGAAAACAAGUCAUCCGACAGCUCAGCUGGCAGCACACCGCCCGCUUCAGGAGAAAACACACCGCUGAAACAAGCCAAUAAGAAUAAACAUGACAUACCCAUCAUAAGGACAGACUCAUCAGAAUGUCGCAUGUCUUCAGAGUCUGUUCUAGAUGAAGACCAAGAAGUUUUUGAAACUGGCGGUCCCAGGCAGAGCGAACAUGUAGAGAUAUGCCAAAUGUUCUGGACUAAAUCGGUCCCGCUCAAACCUAUAAUACCCUUUGACGAAGAAACGGAGUUUAAGCUAAAUGAAAACCACAAAUAUUUGAACAUAAACGUCUGGGCGACAGUACCGGGGGAAAAGGAAGAGGUGUUGUUGGGCUACCUGAAUAUUCCACUCACUGUACUGCUGAAUGCGUGUCAAGAUUCCACUGUGCCGCAUCAUACGAAGCGGUACCAGUUUUUACCGCCUGAGGUUGAUAUCAAGUUUAGCAAGAGUCACAAGCUAGCCUCACACCCGGGCUUCGAGCCGUGCCUCUGUUUCGGCGACGCACUAGUGUGGUGCGAGUGGGAGGGCGCCACCGGCGCGCGCGCCGCCCCCAAGACGCCGCCGCCGCCCAAGUUCACGCAGAAAGCCACCACGGCGCAUGACUUUGUCAGGACGCACUUCCAUCGGUCGACGCAUUGCGAUUUUUGUAAUAAGAAGAUCUGGCUGAAAGACGCGAUGCAGUGCCGCAACUGCGGGCUCUGCUGCCACAAGAAGUGCGUCACCAAGUGCCAGGAGACCUCGCCCUGCGUGCCCAAGGACGGAGAUCUGUCAGGACCCUCGUCUCCUCCAGAGCUGAUCACGACGGACUGUGACUCCAUCAUCGACCCCGAUUCCGAAGAUGAGGCAGAAAGGAAAGACUCACUCGACGUCCACGAAGAAGGUGGCAGCGCGAUGAGUGCGCUAGUGGCGGGGCUGCGGCGCGCCGGGUCCGCGCACUCGCUGUCGGCGCCGCGGGGCAACGCCGCCUCGCGCUCGCUGCCGCCGUCGCCCAGCCACACGCCCAGGAAGCAAUCCCUGGACACGCUGGUGAAUCCAUUUUCAAACAGCGGCGCGGUGUGGCUGGGCGGCGGCGGCGCGGCGGCGCUGCUGGAGCCGGCGCUGCGCAGCGCGCUGCCGCCCGACGCGCUGCUGGCCGCCGCCCGCGACGCGGCGCCCGAGCUGGCCGCCCGGCUCGACCCGCCGCUUAUACAUCAGAUGCUAUCAGCGGUGCGCGAGGAGCUGUCCUCGUGCGACGGCGGCGCGGGGGGCGGGGGGGACGGUGACGCCCGCGCCUGCGCGCUGACAGCCCUCAUGCUGCACUGCUGCGCCGCGGCCCAGCUGGCGCAGUCCACCGACCCGGCGCCUGUUAGCUCUAAGGAAUAAAUGUUUUGACUGCUA